UAUAAACUUCAUUUUAAAAAUAUAUUACAAGUGUAAGUCUUUUUACGCACAUUUAGGCAGUAUGAAUUAAAAUCAGUUACUUGUAACCUUACACUUGCAAAGAACCAGUCAUAAAUAUUCAAGAUGGCGUUGAAGAAAGCUGUCAAUGAUAAGAUUAUGCAAGAUGUUAUCCAGUCUGCCAAGAAGCAAGGGGAGUGGAGGGUGCUCAUUGUGGAUCAGCUGAGCAUGAGGAUGAUAUCGUCCUGCUGUAAAAUGCACGAGAUUAUGUCUGAAGGCAUAACAUUGGUUGAGCACAUCAACAAACGUCGAGAACCACUCCCAAGGCUUGAAGCAAUUUAUCUGAUAACACCCACAGAAAAAUCUAUACGGGCACUCAUGCAAGACUUCUGGAAUCCAAAUAGUGCACAGUACAAGUCUGCGCAUGUGUAUUUUACAGAAGCCUGUCCUGAUGAGCUGUUUAACGAAUUGUGUAAGAGCCCUUGUGCUAAGUUCAUCAAAACACUGAAAGAAAUCAACAUUGCAUUCCUGCCCUAUGAGAGCCAGGUGUAUUCCCUCGACUCCCAGGAGACAUUCCAGUUUUACUACAAUCCUGGCCGAGCCUCGGGCCGUACCAUCAACCUGGAGAGAUGUGCAGAGCAGAUAGCAACACUAUGUGCUACACUCGGCGAGUACCCUGCUGUCAGAUACAGAUGUGAGUUUGACCGCAAUGCUGAGUUUGCCCAGCUUGUUCAGCAGAAGUUGGAUGCAUACAGGGCGGAUGAUCACACUAUGGGAGAGGGUCCCCAGAAGGAUCGCUCCCAGCUUCUAAUCAUUGACCGAGGCUUUGACCCGAUAUCACCCCUGCUACAUGAGCUCACCUUGCAAGCUAUGGCUUAUGACCUUUUGCCUAUUGAAAAUGAUGUGUACAAGUAUGAGAACACGUCUGGUAACGAGGUGCAGGAGAAAGAAGUGCUGCUGGAUGAAAAUGAUGAGCUGUGGGCGGAGCUGAGACACCAGCACAUUGCCAUUGUCUCCACACAAGUGACAAAGCAGUUGAAGCAGUUUGCUGAGUCGAAGAGGAUGACGUCGACCCAGAAGGCCAACUUGCGUGACCUGUCCCAGAUGGUGAAGCAGAUGCCCCAGUACCAGAAGGAGCUGAGCAAGUACGCCACCCAGCUGCACCUGGCUGAGGACUGCAUGAAGGUCUUCCAGAAACAUGUUGACAAGCUCUGUAAAGUUGAACAGGACCUGGCCAUGGGGAUGGAUGCUGAGGGAGAGAAGAUCAAGGACCACAUGCGUAACAUCGUGCCCAUCCUGCUGGACGCCAACAUCACAGCCUAUGACAAGAUACGUAUCAUCCUCCUCUACAUCAUCCACAAGGGGGGUAUAUCCGAGGAGAAUCAGGCCAAGCUUGUGCAGCAUGCCCAGAUACCGAUGGAGGAGAAGGGCAUCAUCAACAACAUGCAGAACCUUGGUGUGCCCAUCAUCCAGGAUAAUGACAAAGGUGGUAAAACAAAUUUAGGUCUUAUAUCGGAAACAUACGGCACAUUUCCUGGAGGUUUUGCACAGGUUUUUGAUGAGAGUGGCCGUAAGAAAGCAUCCCAGCCGUACCAGCAGUAUAAUCGCAAGGAGCGCACCUCAGAGCACACAUACCAGAUGUCUCGUUGGACGCCAUAUCUCAAGGACAUUAUGGAGGAGGCAGUAGAAGACAAGUUAAGCACCAAGCAGUACCCUUACCUCUCUGGGGGCGCUGUGCCUAGGACUGGAUACCGCCCACCAAUCAGCACAGCGGCAACAAGCGCUAGGUAUGGCAAUUGGCACAAGGAUAAAGGCCAAGCAAACUACAAAAGUGGCCCCAGGCUGAUCAUUUUCAUAAUUGGGGGCACCUGCUACUCAGAGCUGCGCUGUGCAUAUGAGGUCACACAGUCAGUCAAGAAUUGGGAAGUGUUAAUUGGUUCAACACACAUUUUGACUCCUGAGAGCUUCCUAAGUGAUCUGAAGGAAUUGACCAACUAAAUGCAAAGAACAGAACAGCCAGUUGGAGAAAUAAGAAGAUCGGCAGUGUUUAUGACGUUGUUUCAUAAAAGGACCAAUUUAAUAGUGUUAGACAAUGCAAACUUUUUUUUUUAUUUAAAAUAUAUUUUAUGUUUAUAAACAUACGAGAUACACUCUUUACAACUUUCAAGUUUAUGUAAAUAUACAACAUGUAUUUACUAGGAGGUGUGUUGAGGGAUGCAAGGGGCUUCAAAUGUGUACACAUUAAAAUCCAUUUUGGUUUAAACUUUCUAUCAAAUGUUAUGUAUUCAAUGUACUUCUGUAAAAGUGUUUUCAACAAAUGUUCACUUUAACUUGUUAUUUCCUAAUGAGUCACUGUCUGAUGACUGUACUUAAGGAAGGUUCUAGUUUCACUACAAACAAACUCCAGACUUUUGCUAAUAUAAGUUAUUAAAUUGGUGAAACUUUCUUACCAAGUUUCAUGAAGAUUUGGCAAUAAUAGUGAAACCUUUUGAACGAUGUAGAAGUCAUAUUUCAGUUCAGAAUUGUUAACACUCCAGAAGUGUUCACACUUCAAAAGUCACAAUUUUGUAUUCAAUCUUCAUAAAAAUUAUUAAGAUCAUUUGUUCUCUCAGCCAAGUCAGAAAAUUGUUCUGGUUUGUUUAGAAACGUAAAUGUCAGUGUAAGGGACAAUUUUCCUUUUAUGGCUAAGAUGAAAUUUUGUGAAGUCUUAUUUUUUGCCAUCAUGAAACUUGUUCAGAACAGUAAUUUUAAUAUUCUAGCUGAUUUUUUAACUAAUACUAAUAAAUUGAUGAACAAGGUUGCCAGGGGGUAGAGCAAUUGUCUUUAUAUGUGUAUAGUGAAACCUUGUGAACACUGACUUUUUUAGCUCACAUGAGCACAACAUGCUAAAGGUAAGCCUUGUUGCCACUCUAGAGGCCAUAUUUUGGCUGAGUCUUAAUGAAACUUGGUCAGAAUGUUUAUCUUUACAAUAUCCAGGCUAAGUGUGAUACUGGAGCAUGUGUGCCUAAUAACUAGGUCAUGAGAUGGAACCUUAGAAAAAUCAUGUUGCCAUUCUAAACGGCACAUUUAUGACUCAAUCUUGAUGUAACUUAGUCAUAUUGUUUACUUGGACCAAGUUCAAAUAUUGGUUUUGUGUGUCAAAAAACUAGGUCACCAGGUCAAAUACUAUUGAAAAAACAAAGCUUGUUACCACUCUAGAAGCCACAUUUAUAACUCUGUUUUUAGCUCAUCUGAGCACAACGUGCUCAUGGUGAGCUUUUGUGAUCGCUUUUUGUCCGUCGUCCGUUGUGCGUUGUGCGGCGUCAACAUUUGCCUUGUUAACUCUCUAGAGGCCACAUUGAUUGUCCAAUCUUCAUCAAAUUUUGUCAGAAGAUUGGUUUCAAUGAUAUAUUGGAUCAGUUCGAAAAUGGUUACGUUUGCUUGAAAAACAUGGCUUUCAAGGGGCGGGGCAUUUUUCCUUAUAUGGCUAUAUAUGGCUAUAGUAAAAUCUUGUAAACACUCUAGAGGCCACAUUUAUUGUCUGAUCUUCAUAAAACUUGGUCAGAAGAUUUAUCCCAAUAAUAUCUUGGACGAGUUCGAAAAUGAUGCCGGUUGGUUGAAAAACAUGGCCGCCAGGGGGGCGGGGCAUUUUUACUAAUAUGGCUUUUGUAAAACCUUGUUUACACUCUAGAGGCCACAUUUAUUGUCCAAUCUUGAUGAAAUAUGGUCAGAAGAUUUGUCUUAAUGAUAUCUUGGAUGAGUUCGAAAAUGGUUACGUUUGCUUGAAAAACAUGGCCGCCAAGGGGCGGGGCAUUUUUCCUUAUAUGGCUAUAUAAGGCUAUAGUAAAAUCUUGUUAACACUCUAGAGGUCACAUUUGUUUUCCGAUCAUCAUGAAACUUGGUCAGAAGAUUUGUCCCAAUGAUAUCUUGGAUGAGUUCGAAAAUGGUUUUGGUUGCUUUAAAAACAUGGCCACCAGGGGGCAGGGUAUUUUUCCUUAUAUGGCUAUAUAUGGCUAUUAAAACCUUGUUAACACUCUAGAGGCAACAUUUAUUGUCCAAUCUUCAUGAAAUUUGGUCAGAAGAUUGGUCUCGAUGAUAUCUUGGAUGAGUUCGAAAAUAAUUAUGUUUGCUUGAACAAAAUGGCUUCCAAGGUGCGGGGCAUUUUUCCUUAUAUGGCUAUAGUAAAAUCUUGUUAACACUCGAGAGGCCACAUUUACGGUCUGAACUUCAUGAAACUUGGUCAGAAGAUUCAUCCCGAUAAUAUCUUGGACGAGUUCAAAAAUGAUGCCGGUUGGUUGAAAAACAUGGCUGCCAGGGGGCCGGGCAUUUUUCCUUAUAUGGCUAUAGUAAAACCUUGUUAACACUCUAGAGGCCAAAUUCAUUUUCCGAUUUUCGUGAAACUUGGUCAGAAGAUUUGUCCCAAUAAUAUCUUGUCAUCUCAGGUGAGCGACUUUGGGCCUUUCAGGCCCUCUUGUUUACAACACUUGGCCACAGUGUUUAUCUUGACAUUAUGUAGGUCAUGUUUGAAUCUGGAUCCAGUGGAGUUAAAAACUAUGUCAACAAGUUUUUGACAAUUGGUGUACCUUGAACUCAUUUUUAGCGAGGCUGUUUUAGGAGAAAACCCGAGCUAUUGUCAUAGCCAGCUCGUUGUUCGCCGUAGGCGUCGUGCUAAAAUCUUAACAUUGGCCAUAACUUUUUUAAUAUUGAAGAUAGCACCUUGAUAUUUGGCAUGCAUGUGUAUCUCAUGGAGCUGCACAUUUUGAGUGGUAAAAUUUCAAGGUGAACAUCAUCCUUCAAGGUCUAGGGUCGAAAAAAACAAAGUCAAGGGAAGUAAUAAGCUUUAAAUGGACAUAGUUAUCUGACCUGCCCACGUAUAUAUUUUUCAUAAAUAAAUCAAAGUGGCGCAGUAGGUGACAUUGUGUUUCUGACAAACACAUUGUGGUAAAAGGUCAAGGUCUUCCUUUACGGUCUACGGUAAAAAAUACUAAUUUUAGGGAAGUAAUAAGCUUUAAAAAGGAAGAUAAUUAUUCAACAUUGAACAUAGCCACUUUAUAUAUUUAGCAUGCAUGUGUAUCUCAUGGAGCUGCACAUUUCGAGUGGUCAAUCACAGUCACGGUAGUGGCUUUUAAUUAUUUGCUACUAAAAAUAGAGAUUUGUUAGAGACAAUUAUUUUCAAGGGAAGUAAUUUAUAUAAUUUUAAAUAUCAUAUUAUAUAUUUCCUUACCAAGAAUUGAAGUUCUUUUCACAGUUACUGUACAGAUUUAUUAUUUUGAUUAUUUAUAACUCAAAUGAUUGAUUUGUUAAAGGUUAUUUUAAUGAUAUAAUUAUAAUUUCUUUGAUGUUCAUUACAUACCUGUGGACUUAUGUCCAUAGAUACAUGAUCAAUUCUGGCUAUGAUCUCUUUUAAACCACAGGCCUUGGUUGUCAGUGAUGUCUGACUUGCCAUAAUUGACUGUGAGCCCCCCCCCCCCCUCCCCAGGGUUGGAUUGGACAAAAUUCAAGGGAAGUAAUAAGCUUUAAAGGGAGAUGAUUUCUAUACUUGCCAAAUGAUAAAUAGCAUUUUUAUUUCAAAGUGGCGCGAUAGGGGGCAUUGUGUUUCUCACGAACACAUCUCUUGAUAUAAUUAUAAUUUCUUACCUGUUCUAAUUUAUGAAUGCUAGUUUUCAUUAAAUACCAGUGGACUUCUGUCAAUAUAUACAUGAUGAACUCUGGCUAUGAUCUCUUUGAUAAACCACAGGCCUUGGUUGUCAGUGAUGUCUGACUUGGUCAUUUUUUACUGUCUACAGACCUCCCCCCCCCCUGGUUAGAUUUGACAAUCCAAGGGAAGUAAUAAAGCUUUAAAGGGAGAUGAUGUCUAAACCUGCCAAAUGAUAAAUAUUAAUUUUAUUUCAAAGUGGCGCAGUAGGGGACAUUGUGUUUCUGACAAACACAUCUCUUGUUGGGUCACUAGGUCCAAGGUCAAGGUCACUGUGACCUCUAAAAAAAAAAAAAUCUGACAAGCUUUCGCAGCCGAGCGUGGCACCCGUUAUGUGGUGCUCUUGUAUCAUUUUAGUGCCAUCAUGGACCUCUUGUCUGUCCAAUUUUUAUGAAAUUUGAUCAAAACAUUUGUUUCAAUGAAAACUGGAUGUGUUUAUCUCUAAACAAAACAAUUGUUGAUCAGCACAAUUCAGCUCCUUCUAGUCUCAGCUGAGCAACUUAGUGCCUUUGGUUUUUUCUGUAAAUGACCUAAUCUCACACAUCUCAUCUAGUUAAUAGCCAAAAGGUUGUCCAUUAUAUUUUAUUGCAUAAUAAAAACUUUGUAACGCAGAAAAUGUUGAAAUCUUUACUUUUGGUUAAAAAAUAUGCAGUCCCUUUUUACAAAAUAUAGCAAACCUCUCUAAAUUAAAACUUGUGCUGUAUCUACAGCACUACUGUUUUUAAGAUGGGUCAAUAUUGAUCUUUACAGAUAUUUGAUACAUCUUCAUUUGAAAACCAUGUAUUCAGCAGUCAGAGGGCUGUUUGUUUGGCAAGUCCGGUUAUUGUUUGUGGUACUACACAGCGUUAAUGCGAUAUAUAAUCAGGGCCAAAAAAUCUGGACCAAACAUCUUAUUUAUUAGUCAGAUUUCAAUUAUGAAUCACGAAAUAGUGGAUCUGCUGUGUAUCAUUCAGUUUUUAGAAUGACUUAAAACGCUUCUUUAAUGCAAACUCAUCAUUUGAAUGGUCGCUUAUUAUUGUUUUAAUUGUUUUCUGUGAUUUUUAGAUUUUAAAACAAGCUGUGGGACCUUGUCCUGUCCAAAAUGGUAAUUACUGCAUAUCUUAGAGAUAAGAGGUGAACGCUUCCUUCUACUUGCAGAGUUUUGUCUGUUCAUGACAGAGUUAAACAAGACACCCUUAGUUCCAAUUGUUACAUAAAAAGUCUUGUUAUUUUGAUACUGGAAACGAAAAAAUAUAACUGCAUUAGAUAUUUAACAUGAGCAUGGUAUAAAUAUAUGUUUUUGGUAAUUACAGUUAAUAAAAGUCCUUAACUGCCCCGCAUCCUUUGGCAAAAUGAAUGCAUUGUUGUGCAGCUUUUAGUACGAAUAAAGAUUGUGAACAGAUCAGUUUAGGGAAUGUGCAAUAUUUAACAUAAAAUGUUUGGUUUGCUUGUUUUGGUCUAGAUGUUCAUUGUAUGUAUAUAAGCCUACAGAGUGUGUGUGGCAUAAUGCAUUUCACCUGCCUGUGCGUCUUUAGGUGUUUUCCUCAGUGCCCGUAUUUUAAACUCACUGACAAUUGCUGAGUGGAUCUCGUUCAAACUUUCAAAGCUGAAUUACCUUAAUGAGUAAAUUAUUGUAAAUGAAGGUAUUUGAGCUGAAUGAAUUAUGGCCCUUUGUCUGUUUUUUCACUAUAAUAUUUUAGCACCGAAAUGAUGUGUACUUAACUUAUCAUUAAGCGCAUGCCGGAUUUCGCUAAAACUAAUCAAUACAUGUAUAUAAACCCCAUCUUGUUUUUAAUUGCUUGAUGGUGUCUGUUAAAUCAUUUAGCAGCUAAAUGAUCUUUGUUUAUCAAAUUAUUUCAAAUCCUUAUUCAUGUGUGUGCAACUCUCCGAAGCUGUGCUAGAAAAUUUACUAACAAAUGUUGAUUUCUUCAUACCUCAACUUUUUAUGAAAAUACUUUUACUGUCAAAAGAUUGCAUGUGUACUGACUACAGGCACUUUUUUGAAUAGAUCUGUUUAGAUUAUUUGCAAUAUCUAACAUAAAUUGUUUUGUUUGCUUCUUCUGUUUUAGAUGUUCAUUGUUCAAUGUUUUUUCCACUAUAAUAUUUAGACCUAAAAAUUGUGUGUUCGGAACUUUUAAAUUGCUUGGUGGAUUUUGUUCAAACUUAAACAGCAAUAUUAAUAUCAAGAGGAUUUUCAAGAAAGGAAUUUUUGUUGCAACCAGUCAGAAUUAUUGCCCUUUUGUAUGUUGUUUUCUACUAUAAAAAACAUGUUAAUAAGAUGGUCAUCUCUUAAAUUGCUUGGGGGUUUCUGUGCAAACAGUUAACUUAACCUUUAUGUUAACAUGGUAGUAAAAAAAUUAUUUGGGCUGCUACCAAAACUAUUGCUCUGUUCUUUUGUCAACCAUAGAGUACACAUGAUUUGUCUUUGUCCAAACAUGUGUCCCAGGGAGACAAAAGUGGGCAUGACACAUUUCUAGUGUGUAUUUGUUUUCACAUUAUAUGUAGUAAAGUUACUUAACGCAAUUUUGUAGCUAAUUGUUAGGCAGAGUGCACAUGCAGUUUGAAAUUGACUGUAUCUUGUAUUAUUGUAAUGAAUAAGUUAAAUAAACAUGAUAUAUUA